AUGUUCACAGACAGGAAAAAAAACGAGAAAAAACCAAACAGUGGUAUGCACACCGCAUUAAUACUCGUUCUAGAGAGGAAAAGGGUCUAG